GUCAUGUAAGGACUGAGGGCAAUGUAGUUUUUUUCUUCUGGGAAAUAAUCUUGAGUUAGUUACUUUGAAAAACAUUAUUCCUUUGUUAUUCUGCCUGAAAACUUUAGUGGUGGACCCUCUAAACUGGAUCUUCUCAGUGGGGGAAAGCUUGGGGGCAGCAUCGGCCAAGAAAGCUGAGUAACAAGUGGAAGGAAAGGCAGUCCCUGCUAAGGGGGCAGCAGUCCAAAAGGUAGGCCUUCUGUGGUUGCCAGGCAACAGAGAUAAACAGCAGGAAGUGGCAGGAUCAUGGCCACUAACUAUAGUGCUAACCAGUAUGAAAAAGCUUUCUCACCCAAGUAUCUGCAGAAUUGGUCUCCCGCCAAGCCAACAAAAGAGAGAAUUUCGUCCCAUGAAGGUUACACUCAGAUUAUUGCCAAUGACCGUGGUCAUCUGUUACCGUCUGUGCCCCGUUCAAAGGCAAGUCCUUGGGGUUCUUUCAUGGGUACCUGGCAAAUGCCUCUGAAGAUACCCCCUGCACGGGUAAACCUGACCUCCCGUACAGUUGCUGGUGCUGCCUCCCUCACCAAAUGGAUACAGAAAAAUCCAGACUUACUCAAGGCCUCCAAUGGGCUGCGUCCUGAAAUCUUAGGCAAGCCCCAUGAUCCAGUCAGUCUGAAGAAACCGUCAACCACAAAGACUGUACAACAAGCACCAAGUCCAACCAUAAUUCCAAAUUCCCCAGAUGCAAACCUCAAUCCUGGAGAUGAACUCCAGAGCCCACACCCCUCUGCAGGUCAUACUCCUGGUCCCCAAACCCCAGUCAACUCUCUUCUGAGCUCACCCAGCUGAUGUACGUCCGAACAGCAUGCAUGUUCUAAUCUAUCUGAGCCCCAGAAACAAAAACUUGGAACUCCAGAAAUGAACAGAGUAAACCCCUCUAGAGAGUUAAUGAAAUAAGCAAGACCCCUAGUUAGGCAUGUAGAACAGGGAAAUAAAGAGUAGGUGUAAAAGAUAAACUUGGAAAAUAAACAUCUAUUGUUGACUCUUAC